CUCGAGGGGAUCUAAUGGAUACCCCAUUAGACAAUCCUGUCAUAAAAAUAUUCACAGAUGGCAGUUCUUUUGUUCGGGAUGGAAAGUGUAAAGCAGGUUAUGCCGUGGUGACUGCUGAACAAAAUCUCUCCCAGAAGGAACCAGUGCUCAGUUAG